AUGAGCAGUCUGAGAGUGCCUCUGAUUCGCUUGCGAGUGCCAAUCCUAUCACUUCAGGACUCAUCAAGGCUGAUCAAUUUACGCAAUGUAGGCUACGCCAGCAGCCGAGUAUUAAGUCAUUUGGGACAUACAACGCGAUCAUACUUAUCUCAACCAAAUGAAAAACAUCCCAUUUCAUUUCAUCCUGGAAACCGACUUUCCGGCCGAAAAUGCAUGAUCACCGGUGGGACAUCCGGCAUCGGCUUUGCCAUUGCCGAACGAUUUCUACAAGAAGGCGCAUCGACCAUAGUCCUCGUCGGCCGAUCUCAAACACGCCUAGAGGAAGCAGCCACAAAGCUUGGGUCCCUCGCAGUUACACCACCAGAUCUUGAUGAAAGCGAUGCUGAACUUGCAACUCGGACCUCAGAAGAAGAUAACCAGCAAAGCACGCAAGGAAGGAUUCGUGUACUUGUCGGAGAUGUCUCAGACGCCGGGUCAUGGAUGCGUGAACUCGAAAAGGAAAUGGCCAAUGUAGACGUCCUAGUCAAUGCUGCAGGAAUUUCGAUAUCAAACAUUCUGCCAAGAUCCGAGCUGGAAGAUAUCUCUACCAUCCUACGUACUAAUCUCGAAGGCGCAAUACUCACUUCGCGCGCAUUAAUGCGUGCCUCUAUCCGGAGCCGGAUACGGAAUCGGAGUGAUCCAGCUGCGGGGACUAAGCCCCCCUCGAAAUGCAUUAUUAACGUCUCCUCUUUACUCGCCCUCAAGGGCGGGACUGGCGCAGUUCCAUAUGCUGCUUCCAAAGCUGGCCUUCUAGGUCUGACCCGGUCAUUGACUGUUGAGGCGUCGGCUUCGAUGAAAGAUAUUGUCAUUCGGUCGAAUGCUAUUGUGCCAGGGUAUAUUGAUACACCCAUGAUUGCAGACUUCACACCCGGGGAAAUGAGCAGGCUGAAAGAUCUCAUUCCUCUUCAUCGAUUUGGAGAUCCGCGCGAGAUUGCUGAUGCAGCUGUGUUCUUGGCACAGAAUGAAUAUGCCAACAAUUGUGUGCUCAAUCUGGAUGGUGGAAUGAGUGCCGUUUGA